CGUCCCUACUCUCCCCAAACUCCUGCUCCAAGUUCCCCUGGUGCACCGCUGCAGUUGACGAUAUGGCUGUUCGUAUCCGACCCCGUGUUCGAGUGGACUCUGCAGCACCACCUUCGAGCUUCUACCUCACACCAACUAGGGAGUGUCCUGAGAGCCCUGCUUCGCAGUCGCCCAACCAUCACGUUUCCCAUUUUCGUUCUUUACUUCUUGAGAUGCAGGUGUUGAGUCCAUCUGUGAAGAUGGUGCCGCAGCCUGGAGCUGAGGGUCUGGUCUCGCGACCUGUUUUUCACGAUCACGAUCGCGUGGAGGGGAAAGUCCUACUAGACCCUUCUUGCUCGCAGAACGGGCGUCUCUCAAUUUCGAUCGAGGGUGCCUUCGAAUACCGCACCGUCCGGACUGAAGAAGACGAAGAUAGCCUCUCGCCCAAUCUUCCCAUCGACAUGCGCCGUCACGUCUUUCUCUCGUCUUCCGUUGUCAUUCCUAUGAGUGGGGCGAACGAGUCGCGCUCCAGUCUUAGAGAGGCUUUUACUGUUCGCCGAAAGGGCAGUUCGAGCAGUCUGCGGAGCAGUGGGAGUAACGGUCCUCGGACGUGCGAGUUUAAGUUCGAGAUCCCGCGGGGCUCGAGGCCUGGAGAGGAGAUGCCCCCAACUUUCCUGGUGACGUCCGAGGUUGAGACUAGCCGCAAAAGGCGCUUUGUGGAGAAAUCGGAAGUCGCCUACAAGCUUAUCGCUACUUGGGAGUCUACCGACGGCGAUGACUGGGCCAAACUCGAGGCUCCGAUUUCGUUCUGUCCAGAUUCUGAUUUCCAAUCUCUGGACGGUUCCGUGCUUGAACCCUCUUUGUGGAUCGAAAUGCCGUUGAAGGCGGAGCGAUUUAUUCCAUUCCAGUGCGCCAUUACCCUGCCCCACCCCCAUACAUUCUCUCGUUCAACUUCCAUUCCUUUCUACGUCGUGUACAAGACAUCGCGGAAUUGUCCUACCCUCACUUGCGAGAUCGCUUCGGACGCGACAAUCACUGUCGCUCUGAUUCGUCAGGUCACCAUUACGCCCCAACAACCCGAUCUCCCUCCCACUCCUCCGGAAACCCCACCUCCCAACUCCGAUGACACCCGAAAGUUGCUUAAGCGUUUUGGCACACCUACUAACAAGCCGGUCAAAAUGCGGACACGCUCACGCGACGAGCCCUUUGCUUCCGCUUCUGUUACAUACAAGCCCCUGCCCGGAAUCCCUAGCGAAUCAUACUCGGAUACGCGGACGCUUUUCACGCGAGUCUGCUUAGGCUUUCCGAAGCGUCCGCGCCGGCAAGAAGGCUCGGAGGGCCAGUGGCAACCCAAUCUACCGAAGGGUCUCCAUAAAGACAAGAUCCCAUUGUCGAGAAACAUGCUUCCCAGCGUCGACUGGCCGGGUGUCAGCGUGAAAUAUUAUCUGGACGUAUCUGUUCUCGUUGGCCCGGACGAAGUCAGGGCACGCGUCCCGAUUCGUGUGCUGUAAUUGUCCUCUGCAUUGAAGUCAUCCCUUCAAUUCUUCAUAUCACUAUUAUCGGUGUUAACUUGUGGCAUUUUGCUAUUUAAGUUCGUACAUUCGUUUUAUAGGUCACUUAUUUGUUGUUUCUGUCUCACUACGCAUGCUUCAUCUCGGGUUACCCAGCAUCACAACACGUUGCGUUAUCGUACAUUCUUGCUACAUUGACGUUGAAGUUCAUACGGAUGUAUUACAGCGGUUUGCACAAAGAUGCGGAAAAGCCUCUGACGCGAAGUGGCCCCGCCGAGACAGCCGAGUGAGGACCCCGAGUAGUACCUGCCAAAUUCGGCCACGCGAGCACAGCAAUUCAGGCAGAACUCCGCAUCGUUCGCCCGCCUCAUGCCAGGGGUCCUGCACCGGCCCCAGUGUGCACUGCCAUCUCUCCACCC